GGGAGAGGUCUUGCAGGCUAUAUUGAGAAGAGUGCUCCACUGAGCCACGACAGGAUUACUGCAGGCUGGACGAGCCCCUCGCCGUGGCUCCAGAUCACCGGGUGGUGACAUGCGCACUGGCCGGAGCGCGCGCAAGCCGCGGACACAACGCCGGGGAAAAUAACGCGCUCGGCUCUCUUCCCCGCGUCGCGGCGUCCGCCUCAAACGAGCUGCGAUGACCCGUGGCGUCGGGAGAGGAGCGUCACUGUCGGUGUUCGGUGCGGCACUCAGCGGGGACCUGUUGACAGCCCACCGGCGAUGCGAUGGAGGUGCCGGACGAGGAAGAGUGACAGCUAACUAAGGCCAAAAGUCGACUCAGCGACAGCUCGAUCCCAACAAUCCGUCAGGCCACGAUGGAAGUCAUCGAUACGCAGCAUGCCUUGGAGGCUGUGGAGAGACUACAAGCUAAACUGAAGGAGAGAGGGGAGGCCCCCACACAGGAGAAACUCUCCCUGCUCAAGACUGUCCUGCGCAGCCCCCUGUUCCAUCAUAUACUCAGCUUACAGCAAGCUCAGCGGAAGCCCCCGGCGAAGGGGAAGAGCAUUUCCAAAUCGGUGUCCAUGAACUGUGGACCAUGCAAGGGUGUAUCAGCGGGGUUGAAGGCGCUGAGCCACAGCGAUUCUUACACAUGGGCCAUGGAGAACCGAAGCCCUUCCAGAUCCUUCCACAGGGAGGGCAGUCUGUCCUCUCUGGGCUCGCCAGAUCUGUCUUUCUCAGACAUUUAUCUGAACAACUGCAGUCCCACCGAAUCACAGUACUGCACUCCCCCUCGAAUCUCCCGCACCAUGUCGAUGGGGAGAAACCUGUCCGCCAUUGCUCAUGAGAGGCGUCACGUGGAGAUGAUUGAGCUGACCAACGAUGGGAAGGGACUUGGCUUUGGCAUCAUAGGAGGGCGGAGCACAGGAGUCAUGGUCAAGACCAUCCUUCCUGGAGGAGCUGCCGGCCGGGAUAAACGCCUGCGCAGUGGAGAUCAGAUCCUGCGCAUUGGCGAUACAGAUCUGGCGGGCAUGAACAGUGAGCAGGUGGCACAGGUGCUGCGAAAUGCUGGUAGCAGGGUGAAGCUGCUCAUUGCCAGGGAUGUUACCAAGGGCAACCACCUUUCCUCUCCUGUCCUCAGCCAGGACGGCUCGGAUGGCAAGCUUAAUGACUUGAAUGAUGAGUAUGAGUUCAGUGUGCAGUUCACUAAAAACAGCCGAGGCCUGGGGUUCACCAUCUCUAGCUACAUAGGUGACCUAAACUCAGUCUACAGCGCUGGUGUGAUAGUGAAAAGCAUAGUAAAAGGCAGCACCGUUGAUCAAGAUGGACGUAUCCACAUUGGAGACAUUAUACUUUCUGUGGAUGGGGUGAGCCUGCAUGGCUGCAGUGAGCAGCGGGCAAUGGAGGUGCUGAGGAGGACAGGUCCCCUGGUCAGACUGAGGUUGCUGAGGAGGGCUCUGCGUCUGAGUCAUAACCUGCCCCCGGUUCCUCCCCUGCAGCCCCUCCGACACUCCCAUAGCUUCCACGAGGGAAAUCUCUACAGAGAGGGCCUCAACAAGAUUCAAGAGACAGGCAUCUGCUCUCUGCGCGAGAUCUCCCGGCAAGCAGUAUACGCCAGCAGACGACCUCGACAUGAUUUCAAAAACGGUGCGAAACUGACGCAAGCGGAAGAGGAGGACCUGAGGAUGAGGUGGCAGCAUGCGAUUGGACCCCGAUACAAAGUUAUUGUGUGUCAGCUGGAGCGUUUCAGUGAGACGAGUGGUCUGGGCAUCAGUCUGGAGGCUCGGGCAGGACACCAUUACCUGUGCUCCGUCUUACCCGAGGGGCCCAUCGGCCAAAGUGAUAAGAUCUUAACUGGAGACCAGAUAUUGGAGGUGAAUGGGAUCCCUCUCAUAGGAGAGACACAUAAGGAGGUGGUCAAUAUUCUGAAGGAGCUGCCAGUCCAUGUGUGCCUGGUGUGCUCUCGGAUUUUACCCCCUUCAAUUCCCGACAGUGAUGAGGAAGAUGAUGUUGACGAUGAGGUCCAUCUCACCCUGAAAGAGCUGCUGGCCGAGUUCAAUGACAAGUUGGACCAGGGCUGUGUCAUUCCCUGUCCUACGGCUGAGGACAUCACGAAGCGUGGCGUGCCGCCCAUGUCACCUCCUCUGGCCAUGUGGGAGAGAGAAGCUCAAGUGGUCGAGCUGGAGAAAGGCGAGUCGGGACUGGGCUUCAGUAUCCUGGACUACCAGGAUCCAGAAGAUGCCACUAAAACAGUGCUGGUAGUCCGUUCCUUGGUGCCUGGAGGUGUAGCAGAUCAAGAUGGUCGCCUGCUACCCGGUGACCGACUCAUGUCCGUUAAUGAAAACGACCUGGAGGGCUCCAGCCUGGAUUACGCCGUACAUGUUCUAAAGUCCACCGGCUAUGGCCCUGUCCGCAUCGGUGUCGCCAAACCCCUGCCACUGGAACUGUGUGGCGGCUUAACGCCCAUCUCAGAGAGGAGCGCGCGAGCUUCCUGCGAUGACACUGACAGCCACAGUCAGGUCAGCCUGCUAGCUGAGGCAACCGAGGCUAUUGGCAACACUUUCAAUUCUGAGGACAACAGCAUCAUCCAGCCGUGUUACACUAAAACGGAAAACCAGCCGCGCAAUCGCUUCGGCAUCAUGGACGGCAAAGAUUGGCAGCAAGCCCCACCUCCGCCUCGUCGCACCAGCUUUGAGAGGUCAAUCACUGUUGUCCGGGGCAACCGUAGCCUUGGGAUGUCGGUGAGUGCUAUCAAGGACGGCUCAGGCAUGCUGGUGCGCAGUGUGGUCCAGGGUGGCUCUGUUAGCCAGGAUGGCAGGCUGGGGGUUGGGGACGCCAUCUUGGCCAUCAACAGAGAACCUACCUCCAACCUGACCAACGCCAAGGCCAGGGCCAUGCUCCGCAGACACUCUGUCAUAGGGCCAGAAAUGAGUAUAACCUAUGUCGCAGCCCAUCAGAUGGAUGAACACCGCAUUCGCCUGUGUUUGCCCCCUCUGGCAUCCAUCGCAGCGGACAGCGCCUCUUCGGAACCUGCAGCCAGACCCCCCAGUCCAGGCAAAGCUCCAGCUCCAACUCCAACUCCAGCCUCAUUCACCCUUACACCCUCUGCCUCAGUCAAAUUUAAAAACGCAGCUCCAGAGCCAGCAGCGGCCAGAGCCUCCGCCUCGUUCAGAACUCCAGCCACGGGCCCCGCCAUAGUCCCCACCGUCACCCCGGCCCCAGACGCAAGUUGGCAGAUUCCAACCUCUGUACCUCACACGAUAAAAGGAGAAGGCAAAGAAGGUGGCGACACUCUGGAAGAGGAAAAAGACGAGAUUAGUGCAGACGGGAAGGCACCAAAGCUGGAGCUGGAGAUAAAGGUGGAUGGUAAAGAGGAGGGCGAUGGCGAGGUCCAUCCGUGUACCACCCUGUCUUGGGAUCAACCUCGAAGUGUAUGGCUGACUCGAGCGCCAGGCCAAUCCCUGGGUAUCAGCAUAAUGGGAGGCAGAGGCAUGGGCCGCAGACUGAGCAGUGGAGAGAUGAUGAGAGGAGUCUUCAUCAAGCACAUCAGCCCCGACAGCCCGGCAGCACAUAAUGGCACCCUCCGGACGGGAGACAGGAUACUAGAGGUGUGUGGUGAGGACUUAAGAGAUGCCAGCCAUGAGCAGGCAGUGGAGGCCAUUCGCAGCGCUAGAGACACCGUGGUCUUCCUGGUCCAAUCCGGACAACACAGAUCUCAGUCUCCGGUGCUCGCCAACCAUGAAAGACUAACUCCAACUCCACAGCGCAACUCGCACACCAGCAAGGAAGCAGAGCCUUUCAGUGGCAUGUUCCUUAGUCUCUCCCCUACAAACCCCUUCACCCCCACCCCCUUUAAGGUACCUUCGCCGGCAUCCGAGAGAAAGGAUCGGCGGAGCCCCCUAACUGUCGCAACACCAAUCCGCGCAGCAGCUGAGGAUGAGCAGGACACGGGCAGGAAAAAGAUGCUUCAGCGCUAUGGCAGCCUGUCUGGGAAGCUCCAAAUGAUUGAGCUGGAGAAGGACCCUGCGGCUCACGGCCUUGGAAUCAGUCUCUCCGGGAACAAGGACGGCUCCAGGGCCCGCAUGAGUGUCUUCGUGGCAGAUGUAGACCCUCAAGGUCCUGCCGGUUUAGAUGGGAGGAUACGGGUUGGAGACGAGCUACUGGAGAUCAAUGGUCAAAUCUUGUACGGUCGCAGUCACCAAAAUGCCACCACCAUCAUUAAUAGUGCUCCAUCUAAAGUCAAGAUCAUCCUCAUCAGGAACAAGGCAGCUCAGAGUCCAAAGGCCCAGGGAUCCAGGACAGAGUGUAGGGACACAGUCCACUCCCAGAUAGAUUCCGUACAGCGCGGGGGAUCAUCCAGAGACAUCCACCAUAUCAUCCUACCUCAGGAUCAUGUCGGCCUUGGCCUCUGCCUGGUAGAAGACGAGUCUGAGGGCGGAGUGGUGGUCGGGUCCCUGACGCAGCACGGCACUGCUAGUAAGGAUGGCAGAAUAAAGACUGGGGACAGAAUCAUAGCAGUGGGCGAUGAACAUGUGGCUGGACUGUCGGUGGAAAAGGUGUCCAGUUUGAUUCUCAAACAUCAGGUCACUGUCAAGCUCUCCAUCAGCCGUUCCAAGAGCCCCUCCUCCUCUUCCACUCUGCCGCUCCCUGCAUGUCUUUCCAAUCCCUGCUCUGUCUCUCCUGUACCCUCUCUAACCCUCCCUGCGUCCUCCGCCUCCACUUCAUCCCCCAACACCGUGCAGACGUCUUCCACGGGACACGCUGAUUGGCCGGGAUCCGCGCCCACAACUUCUGACCCCCUGGGCUUACCAGUUGUAGCUGGCAGGGACACCACGAUAGAGAUCAGUAAAGGAAAUGUAGGCCUGGGCCUCAGCAUUAUUGGAGGGUGUGACACUCUGCUGGGGGCAGUAGUAAUCCACGAAGUAAACGAUGGCGGAGCAGCACAGAGAGAUGGAAGGCUGCAUGCUGGAGACCAGAUAUUAGAGGUUAAUGGUAUAGACCUGCGGCAGGCGACUCACGACGAAGCUAUUGGCGUGCUGCGUCUCACCACCCAGCAUGUCCGCCUGCGUGUCUUCAGGCACCAGGAGGCCUACAAGGAGGAAGACCUGUGGGACGUCUUCAGCGUGGAGCUCCGACCUCGUCCCGGAGAGGGGCUGGGGCUCAGCACCGUGGGAAAGAGUAAUGACACGGGCAUCUUUGUAUCAGAUAUCAUCAGAGGAGGCGUUGCAGAUUCGGAUGGCAGGUUGUUGCUAGGUGACCAGAUUCUGUCAAUCAACGAAGAGGAUGUCCGCGCGGCGUCACAGGAACACGCGCAGACGCUUCUACAGAGUUACUGUGGAGUGGUUCACCUGGAGGUGGCUCGUUUUAAAGCCGGGGUGCAGCACUCAAAGCGGAGCCAGAGCGAAGACUCCUCUGACUGUUCCACCCUGACCCCCUCAAGUGGAUGUGACGCUUACAUCGGCCACCAGAGGGAAACAGACAACAACGCAAGGAGCUUUACAUUUCAAGACUUCACUGACGUGAGAAAAGUAAUAAUAGAAAAGGGUCCAUAUGGCUCCCUGGGCAUCAGUGUAGCAGGAGGAGUGGGCAGUCCCCAUGGCAACGUACCUCUUUUUAUAGCUACCAUAGAUACCAAUGGACUGGCAGCCAAAACACAACAAUUACAGACAGGAGACAAGCUGCUCAGUAUCAAUGACGUGUCCACGGAGGGAAUGACUCAUCUCCAUGCCGGGGCCUUGCUGAAGGACGCCACCGGAACCAUCAGUCUGCAGGUGGCAGCAGGUUCAGGCGGGUGCAGCACACAGGACAACAGCGAUGUCUGUGCGCAGUCGCCAGGCCAACCCAGCAGCCUGCACUGCUUCCACAGCAACCUCUGUGCUCGCAUGUAUAAGACCGUCACUCUGGAGAGAGGCUCCUCAGGCCUCGGCUUCAGCAUCGUGGGAGGGUUCGGCAGCCCUCACGGAGACCUGCCGAUCUACAUCAAAACCGUCUUCGACAAGGGGGCGGCCGUGGCAGACGGCAGACUGAAGCGCGGGGAUCAGAUCAUUGCCGUAAACGGACACUGCCUGGAAGGUGUGACUCACGCUGAAGCCGUGGACAUCCUCAAGAAGACCAAGGGAAGCGUGGUCCUCACUGUCCUCUCCUGAGAUUUGGCCCAUUCUGUCCCAUUUUGAUUGAUGUCGUAGCACCACAGUGAUGUAGUUUGUAUAGUUGUGUUUCAAGUCAUAGGCAGAGAAGACGCUGUGAGUGUAAAUUCAUCUCCAUUUGGUUUGGGGAAGCAACCUCUAUCUGCAAACAUAGCCCAGUUCUCUUAAUAUGCACACUGUAAUGCUAAUUACAGGUGUCAGUUGAACUAUUGUGUUUACUCUAUGAAUCUUUAUACAGCAGUCAUGGUCCUCAUAAAAACAUGAUCUUUAAUAUGAAAUCAACAUGGAAAUGAUACUCCACCGUACCAUACCAUGGUGUCCCAAUGAAUAACGACACACUGUUUCUUUAGUCAGUUCUCUUCAAGGCUUUUGUAAUACAGAUAUGGAUUGAUUUGCAUAAUUUCCCAUGUAAACACACAUGAAUAAAUCACCGUCCACAAGUAUUUUUUAAUCUGCCGACCGUAAGAAUGAAUGCGACGGAAACAUGUGACGUGAUUCACUGCUGUCUCGUGGCUUCCGUUUAACUACUGUGAUAAACUCCCACCCGACCCAAACCAUGCCAAGUGCUUCUGCCAAUCUUUUGUAUGGCAAUAUGGUGUUAGGACAUUUGCUUUGUGAGACUCUUUCACUUUUAUGUACUCAUCCUCACAUUCUAAUAAUUCAAAAUGUGUUACGACUCCUUGACUAUCAGUGUAUUACAUGACAUGUUUACAAUUCGCAGUGGUAACCACCUUAGGCAGAACAGGAAACGCUCAUUUGGUCACAUCUGUUAAAAGCAGCUGCUGAGUCAACUUACUUUAAAUAUCAGCCGUCAGAAUAACUGAUUUAUUUACCAUUAUAUUAUUUAUUGCUGUUUGCAUCUUUGUAAUUUUUGUUACUAGGGAAAAUUGUCAUAGCUUUAUGUGCAAUCUUUGUCUAGGAAUCUUGUCAUACGUGUUUUAUAUGAUUUUAUAUAUACUAUGAUUUAAUUUAUGUUUUCUUAACUGUUAUUUAUUGUAUUUCAUUUACGUGAGUAGUUGUCAGAGCCAUAACGCAAACAGCUGUGUUCAGCAAUGUGUAAGAUUGUGUAAGUGAUCUUAUUAAAUGUUCCUUUGUUGGG